AUGGAAAUAGUACAAUACUACGCAGCAUCCUGGGGCCUACUCCUCCUGGCUCUAAUCAUCCUAGGAAAAUUUCCUCCCACAUUUCUCCCCGGUUCUUUCCUUAAACACCUUGCUUUUCGACAAGUCCGAUAUGUCGCCUCUACGAACACGACGUGGUUCGAUAUAAUCUUCAUGGCAAUAUACUUCAUCGGAAAUGUUAUCUUGUUAUGCAUUCAAACCAACAGUUGGACUGAUUUUGCGAACAGGACGGGCACUCUUUCGCUUAUCAACGCGGUGCCCCUGUCCUUGGGUGAGAGGAUCAGUAUCCUGCCCAUGGGGACAGGACUGGGCAUCGAUAAGUAUGCGCUUUUCCAUCGCUACGUUGGGUUAAUAGUCUUCUUGGAGACCCUUGCUCAUGCUGUUGCCGUUGCCAUUGCGCAAAAGCCCGAUUUUAUCACACAAUCAACUAUCACAGGCCUUCUGGGGAGCAUCUUCUUUAUCAUCAUGAUGCUAUCAUGCCUGGUUCUUUUCAUUGGACGCUUUUACAAUGUCUUUGCCUCGACCCACCCUAUUCUAGCUCUGGGAACCUAUAUUUCCAUAUACCUACACAUAGUGGGGAGACACUGGAAGUCGAAUGGGGUUUAUAUCGUCAUUGGCUUUGCGAUCUUUGGACUAAAUCACGCUGCGAGGUUUGCUUGCAUAGCCUAUCGAAAUUUCGACCUCGACUAUCGGAAUCUUCGUCUUACGAGUCUGGUGGUUGUUCAGAAUAUGACCUAUAAUGACACGGAAAGGGAGAUGCAGAUAUCUAUGCCAGACGCUAUGUAUCUCCACAUUCGGCCGACCAGACCAUGGAGAUUUCGAGGCGGCCAAUUUGUCUACCUACGGUUCGUUGACCUUGACUAUAGCUCCAUCCUCCAAAAUCAUCCGUUUUACAUCUCCUGGUGGUAUAAGAAUAGUGAGGGGGAUGAUAUUGGAGUCUGUAUUGCGGAGAAACGGCGGGGACUCACUGAAAAGCUCUCUACCAUCGACGAUAAGGCGAAGAAGAAAGUCCUUAUCGAAGGCCCGUAUGGCAAAAGACUCAGGCUGGACAAGUAUGAGACCAUUCUACUUUUUGCUACUGGCAUCGGCAUCACUGGGUUGAUAUCUAUGGUUGCGGAGCUGUUCAAGAGUCCCGAACGAUCCCCGGUGAACCUGCGCCGGAUAGCACUUUUUUGGGAGCUGGAUUAUAUCCGUAAGUUUAUUCGGAGUGCCGCUUAA